UAUGGCAAAUUGUUGUUAGCUUGGUGCUACACUCCGGGGGAUCAGAGGAAGUGCUGUUGUUGUCAGCAAUGUCUACUUCUCUUACUGGAGAAACGGAAUUACUUGAGAAACACGAAGAAAUUUUAGGAAGGAGAGCAGAGCUGCUGGAGCAGAUGGAGAGUUGCAGAGAGCAGCUGAAGAUGCAAAGGAAGCAGCAGGUGAAAGAUUCUGAGGCCGCUCACCACAGGAACGCCACACUGCUGCAGGAUUUACGGAAGGUAGAGGAUCGUCUCAGAGGAAGACAGCUGCCGAGCCCAAAUCUCCUGGCUCUGGAGACAAGAUAUUGGGCGUCUGUGGAAGAGUCUAUCCCAGCCUGGGAGCACUUCCUCCUGGGUAAAGGCCCACCCCCUACUCAUGGUCCAGGACAGCCACCCAGGAGAGCCAAACAGAAACCCAGCACAGCUAAGGACCAGGGCCUGCCUCCUCGCCCAAAAGCCCGGACUGCUCGAUAGGUGGGCGGUGAUGCUGACAGUGCCACUGUAGCUUGAAAGACAGCUUUGAUGGUCACAUGAUGCAGAUGAUCAAAGGCCUGUUGAUUCUCUAAGUUAGACCCUUCUCCAUGACCAGGGUUGGAGACUUUUGGUGAACAAGCAUUUCCAACUGGAAACGAAAUUGUUUCAGGGACACAGACAUUUAAUGUUCUUGAACUGGGUUAGAGAGGAGGGGAAAAAAGUAAGACAGAGAAAGGGAGCGAGAAGUAAAAAGUGUAAGUGCUGGGGGGAACCACAGAGAUAUAAAGUGCAUAUGGACUGACUGAGAGGUGAAUUUAACUAUUUAUAAUUAACAUAUUAUUUGUAUUAUUAUUUGAUGUAAUUCAGUGUAAUGCUGUGGGUUAUCAGUAAAGUGUAUGAACUGCACUCCAGGCUGGCAACUCUGCUAGCAGUGAAGUCCAGACUGUCUCAUAGAAAUGGAUCAAAUUUGUCCCCUGAAUGAGAGGGGUAUCAGAAACACAUGUCUAUGCAGUCCACUAAAUCCACUUUCAUCUAGUAUUUUUACAGCCAAUACCUGCUGAUGGUUUCGGGCAGGCUACUUAAGAAAUGUACUGAGCUGAGCAACCAGCUACUCUACGUCAGAAUACAUAGUAUGUCUCAGAUUGCGUACUUAAGUACUAAACACUUAAUAUUUUGAGUGCACAAGUGUGCUACAUGUGUUCACGCUGCAUAGUACGGGAAAAUGCACUGUACUACUGGCACAUUCGAAACGGUCCCUCAGCAGUAGCUGUCUUUGUGACGUAGCAGAGGCUAUACAUGUUCUACAUGUUUUUUGCCUUGCCAGCUAGCCAACUUGCUACUAGCUAUGGUGGCACAUUUUAAUCAGCAUUGACAUUGUGGUGUAAGUUUGGUUUAUGUUGGGCGGAGAAUAGUGGUCAAAUGUUGGCAAUAAUACUCCACUGUCUGUUUGCAAUUCACCAUUUAAAAGGAAGACGAAGAAAAAGAG